GUAGCGCAUAAGGGUAGUUAAGUCAUUGAGAUUAAUAUACAAGUCAUCAAGAAUUAGGGUUUCUCAUAAGAGCCUCUCCUCUCCUCUCCUCUCCUCUCCUCUCCUCUCCGUCAAAGGGAAACCCUAGCAGAGGAAUGGCCAAGUCUAAGAAUCACACCGCUCACAACCAGUCUUACAAGGCUCACAAGAAUGGGAUCAAGAAGCCCAAGAGGCAUCGCCACACCUCCACCAAAGGGAUGGACCCGAAGUUCCUGAGGAACCAGAGGUACGCGCGUAAGCAUAACAAGAAGGGCAACGAGAUAGCAACAGAGGAAGAGUAGUCGUAUGAAAAUGAAGCUAUUUGGAGUUUUAUCCCUUCAGAGUUUUUAAUUUUUGGUUUCAUCGGUGUUCUAUGUUUUUUGGUUAAAUUAUCGAAUCUCUAUUAGUGUAGAGUCUUGGCGUUACUGCAAUGGGGUUUUCUCAUGAACUUUCCUGAAUUAUUACCAAUGUUAUUCAAGGAUUAUAUGUGCUAAUUGGGUUUAUUGGAGUUCAGCAUUGAUUUUGAAUCA